AUAAUAAAGUACCUUAUAAAAGGGGAUCAGGUGUAACUUCUCCGUUUCAAUUUUCCUUUUUUGAUUGAUGAUUUUGCAAAAUAUUGUAGGACAAAUUUGACAGUGAUGACAUGAAUCAUCAAAGAGAUCAUGUCUUAAACCAUAUGAAUAAGUUAUGGACCAAUUGGAGAGGAUCAUUGCACAGGUAUGUGAAGUUUAAGCCAUUGCAUGAAGCUCUAAAGGAUGUCCCGAAGGAGGUAGACAAGAGUGAUUGGGAAUGAUUGGUAAAGGAACAUUUUUUAAGUGAAAAAUUUAAGGAAACAAGUAUUAGAAACUCGAUCAAUAGGUCUAACUUGAGAAUGCCUCAUCGUACGGGUAGCAAGCCGAUUAGAGAAAUUAUUUACGAGCUGGGAGGCAAAGACGGUAAUCCACCGAACAUGGGGACUAUCUUCUUUGAGACUCACAAGAGAAACGACACGCUUGUAGAACCUGAAGCUAGUAAAAAAUAUGCUGAAAUACAAGAGAUGGUACAAUCUGAGCCAGCUCUUACGAAUAUCGAGGUAAUAGAAAGGUGUUUCGGACCUCAAAACAAGAGUCAUAUGGUUGGAUUAGGGGGUGGUAUAACCACUAAGGAGUUGAAAGGCGGUAGCUCCUCAAAGGCUGCAAUACUGAUUGAGCUGAAUGCAACUCGAAAAGAAAAAGAAUCACUACAGACCGAGCAGAAUGCAACUAAAAAAGGAAAAGAAUCUCUGGAAAAACGUAUGGACGACUUUGAGUCUAAGUAUGAUCAUCUUAUAAGCUUACUGGUUGAUCAACCUUCAUCAGCACCAUCUACAAGUCUAACAAAGUACAAGUUGAAGUAUUUAACAGAUAAAAGGCCUGAAGAAGUUUGAAGAAUCAUCCUUAAAGAUAAUUCCGAGCAAGUUGAAUUAGCAGCUGGAAUUGUUGAAGAACAAUGGAAAUCUAUUUUGUUUUAUUAGGAGUUGUCGUCAUCUGUACAAACUACUAUAUCUCUUUAAUUUUCUGUUUUCUUUAAGGAAUUGAAAAAAAAGGACGAUGCAAUUGGA